AUUGUUUCAGCAGGGUAAGAAAAAUUGCUCAUAAAUGUUGGAAAAAAGUCCUUAUCAAAAUUUUAGAAAUCUUCUUCACGGAAUGGAUAAUAAGUGGAUGAAAGAAAAAGUAGCUCAGGUUUUGGCCAGUGCAGAGGAUGAAAUUUUUAUUGAGAAAUUGAGCGAGUUGGAAGAGAUUUUAAAAUACAAAUUCAAGAGAAGAAAUCUUAUGGAAGAAGCCCUCACCCAUUCUUCUGUGACAAAAAAAUGUUGUAAGCAGCUGGAAUUAUUGGGUUUUAAGGAGUCUGAAUACUUGGAAUAUAUGAACGGCAUGUCAUAUGAACGCUUGGAGUUUGUGGGAGAUGCAGUUUUGGGUCAUUUGAUUACAGUUUAUUUGUACAGAACUUAUCCAGGUAUGAAACCAGGCAUUUUGACACGUUUGCGGUCUGAAAAUGUUAAAAAUGAAACUCUGGCGCGUGUUGCAGUCAAACAUGGAUUCUUUAACUACCUUCGUUUCGAAUGCCCAGAUCUACCGGAUAUGAUUGAGAAGUUCAUUCAAGUUGUAGAAAAUGAAUCAAAACCACAUCUCUCAGACCAUUCAAAAGCUCCAAAAAUUCUUGCUGAUAUGGUGGAAUCUAUUGUUGGUGCUGUGUUUGUGGAUAGUGGAAAUUCUGCAGAGAAAGUUUGGGAGGUAUUUGAACCAUUGUUACAGCCCUUAGUUGGCCCAGAGACACUUGAGAUGCAUCCAGUUGCAGAGCUUCAAGAAAUUUGUCAAAGGCAAAGAAAAUUUAUCGAAUACAGAUUGUCUAGAAUGGACAAUCUUUUGGUAUCUGUUGAUGUAUAUAUUGAUGGCCAGUUGAUGGGAAGCGCUAAAAAUGAAAGAAAAGACUUGGCAAAGAGGGCAGCCGCUAGAAAUGCCUUCCUAAAUUUCAAAAAUCAAUAG